UCGAGAAAACACAAGCACAGGCAUCGUAGCUACUAGAAACGCCAGAAAAUCACGGAAACACAAUUGGUCAGUGAAUAUAGUAUUAUCAGCCACCCUAAACCAAACUUCAAAACAGUGCCCUCUGAUUCUCUCUCGUGCUCAUUCACAAACGCAGGUCUUAAAAUUUUAGAUUUUAGACUUAAGUCAAUCUUUCAAAAUCGAUUUGUAAAGUAAGAAUUACUUUUCACAUAUAUAUUAUUUUGAUUAUAUUAGUACUCGAUGUUCAAUCUCCAACAAGAAAUGUCAGGAAACAAACCUAGAGAGAUAAACAUAAAGCUGAUAUGCCCCUCCCUCUCGAAGGUUACUCAAGUGGUGGCGUGGGACGACCAGAGAAUCGACUUGGGCUUCGUUGCGCGAGCCUUUGGGCUAGACCCGUCGUCGCUGAGGCUCAACAGUCACUUCAUCGGCAGAGGGGUCGACCUUGUUGCCUCUUCUGUUACUUGGAAGAGUCUUCUUUCUUUCUUCUCUUCCAAAGGGUUGCCCACUGGCAAAGACCAACGUGACGCUCUUGUUGUCACUGGCAAGCUAUGCAAAGUUGGACUCAAGCCAAUUGGAGUUGUUGGGAGGGAAUGUUUAUUUCACAUGCGAAUAGGAGGACACGACUCACAACAUUUUCAAAAUGGGGUUGGCAAAAUGCUGGAAGGGGAGAUUCUGAAUGGCCAAAGCUGCAAGAGAAACCACCUAUUGGAUGAUGUCAACCUAUUCAAGAAGUUAAAAAUAAACGAGGACAAGUCAGAUAUUCACGAUAAAGUUGAUGACCUCUCUGGCAGCAUUGCACGCAGCCAGUUUACAUGCAGCUACGCAAGUAAGAACCUGAAGCGGAUAAGAGAAGACGAGACAACAGCAGCUAAUUACAAAAGGAUUAGAUAAAUUCUCUCAUUUUUUGUUCUUUUUGGUAAAUAGUAACUGUAAAUUCGUUGAUCUGUGUGAUAUGCUGUAAAAAAAGGAAAGAGAUAAUAGAUUUUAAUGAGCCAGUGUUUCAGAGGAAGGAAGGAGUAUACCAUUACACUUUUAUGUUGCUAGGAAAAUCAAAUUUCUUGUUGAAGAGUUGGGAAUAAAUGAUUGGCACUUGGCACCCUGA